GUUCUCUUCCUCUCUUUUUCUCUAACUGACCUCCAGAUCCAAUCGCUUGAUCUCAUCCGCUUCGAUUUCUCUCCUCCAAACUCCUCCUACGCAGCAGAAAUUGGGUUAUCUAAGUUUUAGCCAUGUCUUCAUCAUAUCUUCCGGCAACGAAUGAUUCAAUUGCCCAGGCUUUAGAAGCCAAAACCCCAUCUGAAUCCAUCUCCAUCCUUUAUCGUAUACUUGAAAACCCUUCCUCUUCUCCCGAAGCUCUGCGCGUAAAAGAACAGGUCAUUUCUAACCUUUCAGACCUUCUUACACAAGAGAAGAAGGGUGAGGAACUUCGAAGUCUUCUUACUCAGUUAAGGCCUUUCUUUUCUGUGAUUCCUAAAGCAAAGACCGCGAAGAUUGUCCGAGGGAUAAUUGAUGCAGUAGCCAAGAUUCCUAAUACCUCUGACCUUCAGAUAUCUCUUUGCAAGGAAAUGGUUCUGUGGACUCGUGCAGAGAAGCGUACAUUUCUCAGACAGCGUGUUGAGGCAAGACUUGCAGCGCUUUUGAUGGAAAGCAAGGAGUAUUCAGAAGCAUUGACACUUCUGUCCAGUUUGGUCAAGGAGGUGAGGAGACUGGAUGACAAGCUUCUUCUUGUUGACAUCGACUUGCUAGAGAGUAAACUCCAUUUCUCUUUGAGAAACCUUCCCAAGGCAAAAGCUGCCCUAACUGCUGCAAGAACAGCUGCAAAUGCCAUCUAUGUUCCACCAGCCCAACAAGGUACCAUCGAUUUGCAGAGUGGGAUUCUCCAUGCCGAAGAGAAGGACUAUAAAACAGCAUACAGCUAUUUCUUUGAAGCAUUUGAAGCCUUCAAUGCCCUUGAAGAUCCUAGGGCAGUCUAUAGCCUCAAGUACAUGCUGUUGUGCAAGAUUAUGGUAAGCCAGGCUGAUGACGUGGCAGGGAUAAUAUCUUCAAAAUCAGGCUUGCAGUAUGUGGGGCCAGAACUGGAUGCUAUGAAAGCAGUGGCUGAUGCUCACUCAAAACGGUCACUAAAGCUCUUUGAAUCUGCCCUUCGUGACUACAAGGCCCAGUUGGAUGAAGACCCGAUCGUCCACAGGCACCUUUCCACCCUGUACGACACGCUUUUGGAGCAGAAUCUUUGCAGGUUGAUCGAGCCUUUUUCACGAGUUGAGAUUGCUCAUGUUGCUAACCUGAUUGAGCUGCCAGUAAGUCAUGUUGAGAAGAAGUUGUCUCAAAUGAUUCUUGACAAGAAGUUUGCCGGUACAUUGGAUCAAGGUGCAGGGUGCCUCAUCAUCUUUGAUGAUCCCAAGACAGAUGCAAUUUUCCCAGCAACAUUAGAAACCAUUUCCAACAUCGGGAAGGUCGUGGACAGUCUCUAUACAAGGUCCGCCAAGAUAAUGGCUUGAGAUUGUCAGUGAUGUGACUCCGGAUUCUUGAUGGCCCUGCAAUUCUUUACUCGAAAGAUUAUUCAUGUAGUUGAUUUGUAUUUGAGGGGGAGCGACAAUGCUCUCUUUUUGAGCCUUGAGAUAGAAGUGGUGGUUCAUAUUUGAUGCUUCCAGGCCAAGGUAUUGCAACUGAGACGUCUUUGCAUUGGAAAUAUUCAUGAGAUUGGGUAGUCACAAAACCUUUCUUUUUCCAUGCUACUACAUUCCGAAGCUUGUCUCGUUUCCAAACAUAUACUAAAGAAUCCUCACUGGCACAAAUGACAUAUUUUCCGUCCACGGUGAAUGAUGCUGAUAUUUGACUGUUAGUGUUUCGGAAACCUGUCAACAGAUGGUAAAAUCCUACAUUAGCAAUUGCAGAAUCCACAAAUAUUCAAGAAGUAACUUCUUGUGUAACAGGUCCUAGAAUCAAUGUGUCAGAGAUGGUACCUCUAAAUUUCUGAACUAUGGUAGUACCGUUAAGUAUCCGUAUACGUGAAUCUGCAGAGGUUAUCAACACUUCAGAAGGAUUCACUGGAUCAAACUGUCCACAGAGAUAAAUGGAUCACACAGAAGUUCAAGGAACUAAAUGGUUUUCUUUAUCUUUCAAAGCAGUGUCAUUACCUCGAACCCGGUUAUCUUUUUAGCUUGCGAUUUCUUUUUGGUCUGCACAUUUAUCUGUUCUUUCUGCACUAACUUGCUUUCUGAAACUCCAAGAAAAGCUAAUGUUAUGCUUCUGACAAACAUCAGUA